GGCAGAGGAGGCCCUCCGCAAUGGCUUUACAAACCCACCCAUGCUGAGCAUGGAGGACGCCGCCUCGAUAUCAAAUGGGAUACGAAUAGCACUUUCUCCAGUUGCCAUAACGACUGUGGGAGAGGCGUCAACAACAUCCUACGGGGCUCAGCGGAGAGAGCUCCGUCUCUCCUAUGAGAGACGGACGUGUGUCUUAACGUUAUGGGGAGACAAGGCCAUCAAUUUUAGCCUCAGAAACGAUGUACUCUACACAAUAAAAUGCAUCGUCCCCACACACGACUUUAACCAUCAACGCUGUUACAAUUCCACACCGGACACCACCUUUGAAAUCAUUGUAGAAGCCCACGAAGUUCAGGACUUCGAAGGAGUGGUAGAGAGCGUAUCUUUUGAAAGCAAUUUGAUCGAAGUAAAUGGGGUUCUGCUCACAACUACUAACGAGCAGUUGAAGUACCUCUUUCCCAAAAACUGCUAUAAAAGUAUUAAUGUGAAGGGAAAGAGAUGCAUGUCGGAAGUGAGCGAGAUAGACUUUGCGAAGAAAUCGAAGAAAGAUUAG